CCUAAUGAACGGGAUUUUCUUGUUUUAUUACAAAUGAAAUAUUUUCGUCUAUUUUGUAUGUGUAUUUAGUUUUUCUUAACUAUUGAAACGAUCUAUUGAACUGCCGGUCAAUAGACUGUGAUCUAUUAGACCGCCGGUCAAUAGACUGCGAUCUAUUGGACCGCCGGUCAAUAGACUGCGCGAUCUGAUGUAUUCCGGAAAAAACCGAUCCAGGUUUCGAAUUUAUAUUAGUAACAGUAAAGUAAGCAGACGUAAGACGGUUAGUUGUAAACAAUGGAGGCAGCGAGAUUCCCCGAGUUAAAUGUAGAAGACUUGAGUGAGCUAUUGGAUAACAAAGAUUCAAAAAAUACGAAAAACGCCAUUAAAAUGGCUGUGAAUGUGCUGAUUUCUUAUUGCGCGAGUAAAAACAUCAUUUUUUCGGAUUUUGAGAAGCUUCCAUUGGACUCCCUGUGUGAGCAUUUUAAAACAUUUUAUGCAUCUGCGAGAAACCAAAAAGGAGGAUUUUACUCGAAAAAGUCUAUGAUAAGUUUACGAUACGGAAUUCAACGCCAUUUUCUCAAAAUUAGAGACAUAGACAUUGUUAAUAACGAUGCAUUUAAGCCAGCUAAUCUUGUGUUCCAAGCAAUGAUGGUAAAACUGAAACAAGUAGGAAUGGGGUCCAGUGAACAUAAACCCCCUAUUGAAGCUGACGAACUGGCUGUACUUUACACAUCAUUCGAUCUGGAAAACCCUAGUGAUCUUCAAAACAAGGUAUUCCUUGAUUUCAUGAUAUAUUUCUGCAACCGAGGCAGAGAGAACUUGAGGGAACUUCAAAAACAGGACUUUAAAUUCCAUGGUUCUGGUCCAAAUAAGUAUGUGACUUUAAGGGACCACUCUACAAAAAACCACCAAGGAGAUUCUACAGAUACUGAUGAAAGUCAGGGUGGGCGGUUGUACACUGUACCAAACAAUGUUUUGUGCCCAGUGAAAUCUAUUGAGAAGUAUUUAGCUGUGCUCAACCCUAAUUGUGAUUCAUUUUGGCAACGUCCUAAAAUAAAAGAAAAGAAAACAGAGGUUGUCUGGUAUGAAAAUAUUCCUGUUGGUAAAAACACAUUGGGAAAUAAAAUGAAAGUUUUAAGUGAGAAGUACAAGUUAAGCAAAUCUUACACAAACCAUUCUUUGCGCGCCACUACAAUUACUCUGUUGGAUGAGGAAGGGUUUGAGGCAAGGCAUAUCAUGUCAAUUUCUGGACACAAAUCUGAGACAAGUAUAAAACAUUACAGCAGAACAGGAGAAUCCAAAAAGAGGAUGAUAGCAGAAACAAUUAGUAACAAAAUUCUAGGGAACCCAACAGCAAAAAAGAGCAAGGAAGAGCCAAAAGGAAAAACAGAUGCACCACAGAAGAGUAAAAAAUCUUCCCCACCAGAUGAUGGAGGCAACAAUAUUCUAGACAGUGCAGGUCAGGAUGAAGAGAAUUUUCAAUCGUUUCCAGAUGACAUGGAUUUGUUAGAACUCAGUCUUUCCCAAGAACACGCUUUACUCCAAACUAUCCUUCCAGAAUCUGAUUCACCAAACCCGUCACUUGUUGCCACUAGUACCAGCAGCUCCACCUAUGUUCAGAAAGUACUAACAGAGCGUGCUGCAAAUACCAACUAUGGACCAAAUAUGGUGUUUAAUCAUGUUAAAGAGGUUCAUAUGCAUUAUCACUAUAACACGCCUCAUGAUCAUUCAAACUGAUGUAAUGUAUGAUAAUAAACAUACACAGUUACAAACCUAAAAACCUGUUUGUUAAAUUCUUCAGUUAGAAAUGUUAUCAAUUAAUUGCUACAAUAUUAAAAGAUCACUGUAUUAAGUUUGUUUUACUAUCAUUCUUAAUAUUUAAUGUUUAGGUCAUAUAGGUAUUGAUUUACAAUGAUCUGAACGCAUAAUGUUUGAAAAUCUUUUAUAACAUACAAUUAUGAACACUAAAUACUCAAAAUAGAAUUAG